CUUUGGCGUUACAGCGGUCCAUUCAGACGCUGAGCAAAGACAAACCGUAUCAUCUGCUGUACAUGACACACUUUGGCAACGGAAAGGAAAUGGCCAAAAUGUACUACAACGAGCCUAAGCACACGGAAGUCUUCGAGAAGUUUGCCUACAAAGAUAGACCCAUGGGUACCUUCCCUGCAGCGCUAAGUGACAUUGAGGAGGACGUCCUGUGCUUCAAAUCACUGCACUUUCAAUACGACGAGAGCUUAACUGAGCUACUCAAGAGCACCAGCAACGUACAGAAGGGUGACCCACUCAAGAAAGACGGACGGUAUAUCUACAAGACAGCCAACACACGUAUCCUGCAACAGCUAGCUCCUCUGUAUGUUGUUGUGUCUGUGGCCGUACGUGAUGUUCACAAG